CCGAGCGUCGGCGACAGGUGAAAGGAGCUUCAGCCUCUGUCCUGGGCGGGCGGCAGCCCCCGGCCGCCUCCACCUGCAGAGUCUACGAGGGUCCUCCCCGCGGCUCCCAGAGCAGAGCAGCAGGGCCUUGCAGACAUUCCCAGACCCGCCUUCUGCCAUGUCAUCUUCCAAAGGAAUGGGAGCACAGAAGACGAAGCUGCCCAUAGCCUCGAGGAAGGGACCUCUGGAGGUGCCUUCCCCCACCGAGAGGGACUGGUCGAAGGAGGACGAUGAGGAUUAUGUCUUCUGGGAUCCAGAUAAGGAGGAGGAUUCCCUGCCUCAGCCUUAUCGUAUGAUCAACAAACUGGUGAACUAUCUGUUCGACCGGUCCUGGGACAUGAUCCAACAGAGGGAUGUGCUGCAGGAAGCACAGCGUAGCCGGGUGCAGCCCACCACGUAUGCCCCCCAGGCUGAAAGCAAGCUCAGCAGUGUGCCCAAAUGUAUGGCCCUUUCCCAGGAGUAUUUGUUUGUUGGUGGAGCCAAAGGCUUCUCCAUCUAUAACCCGUUCAGCGGGAAACAGCUCUACGUGUGGGAGAAGCUGAAGGUGGACGUCACUUCCAUCUGGACCAUGGAUUUAGAUUCUGAAACUCUCCUUGUGCUUCUGGAUGAAACAGGCAUUGUCAGACUCUUCUAUUUCUGCAGAGACAGUCUUUACUUCAUUAAGACCAUCAAUGACAUUGCACCACGUUCAAAAGCCCCCUGGAAGUCUUCUCUCGGGUGGAGGACUACAGCGGCCUGGGCUGGGGCCAGAACCACUACAUCAAGGAGGCGCAGUGGGAGCAGGAAGCUGCCAUGUUCAGCGCCGCCUACAAGGGCUACCUGUGCGAGGAGGGCGAGGACGAGCUGCUCAGCACGACGGCCACGAUCCACUUCCUCCUUUAUAGCAGUCUCAUCUCCCUGCCCUCGGAAGCCAGGAGCCCCAUGGGGGUGCCCUGUCUCCUCGGCCUGCACUGGGCCGGGAGGCACAACUUCUUCUUCUUCUCGCUUAGCCGGACUCUGAAGGACAAGGCGGGUACUUGACUGCUGCAGCCCGAGCGUGGGCACAGCGUGGGCACAGCGCGGGCCUCGCACACAUCUCUCAGCGGGGCAGGCAGCGGGACGGGGGCGGACGAGCUCCCUGGUAUCAAGAUUCUCUUUUUUGUGUUUUCAUUUUGUGUGUGUUGUUUCGGGGGCCACUCUUGGAGGUGCUCAGGGCUUACCCCUGGCGAGUCGGGGCACCCUGUGGGGGGGCUCGAGGAUCAAACCCGGGUCAGCCGUGCUCAGGGCGUCAGCUGCCAUGCCCUCUCUCCAGCCCCUGGCAUCAAGAUUCUUAGACUGGCAAGGUCUAAAGCCCAGGUCAGGCCCAGGGGUGCUGUGGGCAGCAGGAUGGGCGCCCGUACCCCCUUGUCACUGUAAACAGAGCUGGCGAGUCCAGCUGCCCUGUUGCAGCGGUCAGGGCGUGGAAGCUCUCUGCAGUGGGAGCCACGGCACAGCCCCCUGGCGUUGUCUCCUACCGAUUCCUGGGGGCCUUUUGUGAGUAAGAGAGUUUUGUGACCAUUCCCUGAGCUGUACACGUGGGUGAUGCUUUCGUUUCUCCUUCAAAGGUGGGAUUUAGGAACUGUAGCAACAGUACAGCAGGGAGGGAGUUUGCCUUGCCUUGUUCGAUCCCCAGCGUCCCAUAGGGUCCCCCGAGCACCUCCAGGGAUAAUUCCUGAGUGCAGAGCCCUGACACACUGCUGGGAGGGCCAAAAAAAAAAUCACAAAAACAUUAAAUAAAUAAGGUGUGUUUUGGGGCUGGAGUGAUAGCACAGCAGGUAGGGCGUUUGCCUUGCACGCGGCCAACCCAGGUUCAAAUCCCAGCAUCCAAUAUGGUCCCCUGAGCACCGCCAGGG